AUGACUACUAUUAUAGCUCUUUGGCAACUUCUCCAACCUGAUAAGUUGGGCUUUUGGGUCAAUCUUGGAAUUAUCCUAACAGCGGUAUUUUGUCUUUGGAGCGCAGUAACGGCCAUAUACAAUAUCUUCUUCCACCCUUUGUGUCACUUUCCUGGGCCAAUAGUUCAUUGUAUCUCCCGUAUUCCAUGGGCUAUUCGUCAUGCGCGCGGCGAACAAGCAUUUUACACCCAACGACUCCAUGACAUGUAUGGGCCGGUUGUGCGCAUUGCGCCCAACCACCUCUCAUUCACCGAUCCACGGGCAUGGAAGGAUAUUUAUUACCACCGUGUUGGGGCUGUAGGUGGUAUGGUGGAAAUGGCCAAGUCUACCGAGUUCACGCGAAAUGUCAAAGGCCAACUUACCACCAUUGUUAAUGCCGACCAAGACGAACAUCAACAACUGAGACGAGCGCUUUCUCAUGGCUUCUCGGACAGCUCCAUGAGACAGCAAGAACCCACCAUGCUCAAACACAUAAACAUGCUAGUGGAUAGACUACGAACGGAGUCUGGCAAAAAUCCGGAUAUGGCGGCAUGGUAUAACUGGACAACCUUUGACCUCUCGAGUGAUCUGAUUUUUGGAGAGUCGUUCCAUUGUCUUCAAACAGUCAAUUAUCACCCAUGGGUUGCUACUAUCAUGAAGGCUAUCAAGUUUCAUGCGUUCAUGGUAGCUCUAGGUUAUGGCGGUGCUAGGCCGCUGGUCGAAUUGAUCCACAAAGCCGGUGGAUUUCUCGCGAUGAAAACAAUGCGCGGUUAUAUCGAUAGUAUGCUAAAGUCAAGGCUGGCAAUGAAGCAAAGGCAUGAUGACCUUUUUGAAGGUUUGGCUAAAAGACGAGAUGAAUGGGAUAAACUCAGCGUGAAUGCCACUGUCCUACUCCUAGCUGGCUCCGAAACCACUGCAACUUGUCUAUCUGGCACAACCUAUUUCCUUCUGACGCAUCCAGAGGUCUUGGAGAAGGUGACCGCGGAGAUCAGAUCUGCCUUCUCAACAGACGCGGAUAUAAAUAUUCAAUCAGUAAACAAAUUGACAUACUUGAUUCCUGUAUUAAACGAAUCUUUGCGAAUGUACCCACCUUUGACCUCUGGAAUGGUGCGAGAAGUCCCUACAGGAGGUGCUGAGAUCGCAGGGCGAUUCGUUCCCGGUGAUACCCUAGUUGAGAUCCAACAUUGGUCGAUAAAUCACAGCAAGGAGAACUGGGUCGACCCUUGGUCGUUUCGCCCUGAACGUUUUAUGGUGGAUGUCAAAGUAGCCAAGGAACACAGUGAUAUGUUGGAAGCCGUUCAAGCAUUUAGCAUGGGACCGCGGAAUUGCAUCGGAAGAAAUCUUGCAAUGACGGAAAUGCGUCUUAUCUUGGCUAAGAUUCUCUAUAAUUUUGAUAUGAAACUUGCGAAUGGCAGCCAUAGCUGGAUCGAGAGGCAGAAGAAUUACAACGUGUGGGAUCGGAUACCAUUGAAUGUGACUUUAACGCCCGUCGAAGUGAAAUAG